AUAAAAAUAUUAAUACAAAAAUUAUUAAAAAUUUUGAUUAAAUAUUGAAAAAAAGUGAAAUCGUCGAGUGAUUUUCAAACAUCAAUUUUUCUUUAUGGAAUAAAAGAGCGAAUAAAAUUUAAUCAAGGAUUUUUGUAUCAAGGAUUUCAAUUCUCACAUUUGCACAUUAAAUAAAUCUGUCCUCAGAGACAACUUAAAGGACUUUUCUAAGCUUAAAUAAUCAAAAAAUAAAAUAAACCAAAAACUAUUCCUCAUCAAGUGCGUCAACAACUCCCAAAAUAACUUCCAUAUAAAACAAACAAACAAACAUACAUAUCUAUUACUUUCAAGGACGUCCAUUCAUCUUAAGGAUUAUAAUAUAAAUUUCAUCAACUAACCUCACGAAACUUUGAGAGUUUCCACAUACACAACAUAUUUAUACAUAAAGUCCAUCAUAAAACCGGACACAAAUAUGAAAGGAAGACAUUUAAGGAGACGAUUCAGUCUACAGCCUUCGUUUAUGAACAAGGACGACAAUGAAGAUAAACAAAAACGAGAUAAAGUUGGACGACAUAAUGCAGUUGACGACAGUGUAAGCCCGUCAAAUGCCCGGCACAAAAUUGUCGUAAUGGGUUCGGCCAAAGUAGGAAAAACCUCCAUCAUCAACCAGUUUCUCUACAACACAUUCUCUACGAAAUACAAAAGGACAAUCGAGGAGAUGCAUCAAGGGAACUUUUCAAUAGCUGGAGUCAGCCUAACGUUGGAUAUACUUGAUACAGCUGGAUCCUAUGAGUUUCCAGCAAUGCGUGCUUUAUCGAUUUCGUCGGCGGAUGCUUUUAUUUUAGUUUACGAUGUAACCGAUUCAAGUACAUUCGAUGAGGUUCGAACGAUAAGAGAUCAAAUUCAUGAGACAAAAGGAACAAGUGCUGUACCGAUUGUUGUUGUUGGUAAUAAAAUCGAUUUGGUGGAGGAAAAUAGCGAGCUGAGAGAGAUUGACAAUGAAACAACAGAAUCCGUAGUUAUGGUUGAUUGGGAAAAUGGAUUUGUUGAAGCAUCUGCUUGUAAAAAUGAAAACAUUACACAAAUUUUUAAAGAACUUCUAUCUCAAGCUAAAAUCACCUAUAAUCUAAGUCCUGCUUUAAGACGUCGUCGAAGGCAAUCCUUACCACCAAAUCAAAUGGGCAACAAUGGUCAUCCCAGUACACCAAGUAGUGCGCCCAUUUUACCUGGAGCUCAUGUUCCAUCGGCAGCACAACUUCAACACCUACAAAGAAUUCAAGAACGCAGUUUGGGUGGAAAAAGAAAUUCUUGCAGCAUUUCUUAAUUAAAGUUCUUAAAUUAAUAACAUCAAAAAUAUUUAUAUUAAUUUUUUUUAAUUUGUUUCUUAAAAAUAAGGCUUACGGGUAAUCUUAUACAGAAAAAUAAAUAAAUAUUUAAGAAAAGCAAACAAACAAAAAACAUGAAUACUUCAAAGGUUUUCAUCAGAAAAAUACAAAACAACUUUUAACAGAACAACUUCCUUAAAAAUAAAUCCACUUCAAUUUUAAGGUUUCUAUUUGAAAAAGAAAAGUAAAUAAACAAAGGUCAAUAUUUUAUUUUUUGCAGGAAUACAUGAAAAUUAUGUAUAUGUAAAAUAUAAAUAACAAAAACAAAAUAAAAUUAUAUUUUAAAAUGACAAAACCAUCUCUAAAUUUAUUUUAUUUGUAUCUAUUUUUAUCAAUGUUGAAGUAGAGAAAGUAAAUAGAUAAAAUAUUACAUCAAUUUGUUGGCACUUUUUUGAAAAAUAAAGAAAUACUUUUGUUGCAUAAGUUUCGAUUUUUUAAAAUGGCCUCCAUCAAGUCGAAACGUAUGCACGUACACAGGUCUUAAAAUUUCAAUUGUCAAUUGUUUCAAUUGCAUUUAAAAAUCUUUAUUAAUUUAUUUAAGUUUUAAUAUUUUAAAAUUAAAGUACACUAAAAUUAUUUUCCAGAAUUCUGUAAAAAAAAUUAAAAAAUAUCUAGACUGCAAAGCAUUAUUCUAUUCCAAACAACUUUCGAAAUGACUAUAAAAACCACUUAAGUACUAAAUUACACUUUAUUUCAAAUCAACUAUUUUUAAACAAAAAACGCCAACAAAAUGUAAAAUAAUUGAUUUUCGCGAUUUGUAAAAUUUUUAUUUCCAAAAAACAAUUUUAAGAAAAAAUAUUACCUAUAGUAGAAAACAAGUAUUAAUUAUAAAAUUGAAUGUAAAUAAAAUAUAAACAAAGACAAAAAAUUAAUAAAAACAAAUUAAUAGGGAAGCAGACAAAAACAAA